CUCCAGUUCAUUUUGAGCCUGGAAAAACUUUACUUCAAAAUGACAACCAAAGUGUUCUGGCUCCUCUGCUUUGUCAUUAGAUCAUCUUCCAGCUCAGUGGCCGGAUCCCUGCCCUAUGCCGAGAAGCCCAGUCAGACUCUUAGCAAAGAUGCUGCACCUGGCCAAGGCAAAGUGCCAGCCUGGGGCACCAGCAGCGCCGGAGAGAACGGCACAGAGCGCUGGCUUCUGCCUCCCGCCAGCCUGCAGCGGCCACCACCUCCCCAAAUCAUCUCCUUCUCAUCAGACAGAAAGAAACACACCAAACCUUCUCUGGAAAACAGCACAGGGCUGAGGAAACACCUCUUACAGUAUGGAGGAGCCCUGCCUCCGGAGAGCCUGAUAGAGGAGCCUUCUCCUGCCUCCUCUGACUUGAACCACGCAAACAGGAAGCCGGCGGACAGGCGGCUGGCCGAGGCCGCCAACAGCGUGUCGGCUCACCUCCACCACGCAGCCUCUUCCUAUCAGAAGAUGACCCCCUUAGUGGAGACUCAUCCUUUUCCAGACUCCGGAGCAGUGGAGUCAGAUGAUCCUAACACGCUGGAUCACUCCAACCGACCAGGCAAGAUAAUCCCCUAUAAACAUACCGACCUCCUCAAAAAGAUCACCAAACCCUCCUGGGUCACCAACCGCCAGUCGCCCAGCCUGCUGUACCACUUCAGCGUGCUGAAGAGAGAUGGGGAUAAGGAGAAGGCAUGUCUGAGCGAGUGCAGGAAGGAGAGAGACGAAGCAGAGGCCUACUGCUCCAGUGAAUUUGCACUGAACGGAAUUGUUUAUAACAUGGAAAGACUGGGGAAUGGAGUCCACUUGAUUACGCUUUUGGUAAACAGCGAUGGAUUAUACAAGAUGAGUCGCCUCUAUAUUACUCCUGAUGGCUUCUUCUUUCGAGUUCACAUUCUAGUUGUGGAUACUUUAAACUGCAGUAAACCGUGUCCAGACUUUAAACUGGGCAGCAGAUACAUCGUGAUGGGUCGGAUCUACCACAAGAGACGGCAGAUCCCUGCCAACCUGCUGCAGUUCCUGCGAGGGCGCCUGAGGCCAGGGGACGGUUUGCUUCGGAGCAGCAGCAGCUACGUGAAGAGAUUCAACAGGAAGAGGAAUCGCAAGGUGCAGGCAGCUCACACUAAAUGUAGAUAAGGCUCCGGUAGCCUCCAUCUAGGACACGGGCAGCAGCAGAAUUCACCUACCAGAAUAAACCUGGCCACGGUUUAGCAACAGUGGGAGGUAAUUCUUCUCAUGUCUGAAACUGGUUGUGACAGGACACUUGCCUUUGUGCUUAGCGAAUGCUGACUGAAUGUCUUGGCCUCGGUACCCAUAUAUUGUGAAGCUUAACACAAAAGUCAGUCUAGGGAACAUUAACUGAUCAUGAAGUUGCUCCAGCUGUUUCCAGAGCCACAGGGUAUUAUUGCUUCCCCUGCUGUCACGCACUCCUAAUAAUCUAAUUGUAAAGUAAAACUCCGGAGGCAUUGUUCUAGGUACACGAAAAGUAACAGUGCUCUCAAACCCUUUUGAAACCCUUAACCUUGAACAAAUGUUAGAUGAUACCACAGCUUUAUCUACAGAGGGUGUCCGUUGUGUUUUCACACAACUCUGCCUCAAGUAUUACAUGCACUUGAUUCAAAAGAAACCAACAAAACUAAGUAUCCUUUGUAUUGUUUUGGUAUCCUCAAACAUGUCCAUGCUACUUUUAAAAAUUACGUCAUUCUUCAAACAGAGCUGGAUUUUCAAGGCAUACAAAGUUCCUAUGUAAUUAUUUGAAUAUAUGAAUACACUAACUGAAAGCAAACCAAGUAACUGCACAACACAAAUGCCCAAUUAGACUUACAAAUAACGAUGGAAGUUCAUGCCAAGGAAUGGAAAAUAAGCAAGCAAUUGCAGGCACUUUUUGUAUGCCUGCUUACACUGUCAGUUCCUUAAAGUUCAGUCUGAGAACUGUACUGUCAUCUUUCCAUGAGAAAUAUUACCAAGUUUGUACCUGCACAUCAGUAAAGUUAAUUUUUGAAUCAAAGAAUCUUUUAGUACCUUUAACGUGGUGGGAUAUAAGAACCUAUGAAGCUGCUGCAAGGGGAAUCUUUUUGUUUGCUAUGCUGUGUCAGUACUCACAAAUCAUAGGUCUUUAAAACAUUCAUGGAGUUCGGGGUUCACUGUCUCCUGGGUACUGGAAGAUCCGGAAGGCUUAUGUAAUGAUAUUAAACAAAGACAUCUCCUUGUUUAACAAGUCAGCUGGGGAUUUAAAGAUAUAUAUUUAUAUUAAAAAGGGAAAAAUGCAGUCUAGCUUAAAAAAAUAAAUAUAUAUAUAUUGUGAUACACAUGAUGUGACCUGGACCAGGAAGCAGUGGCUUCUCUUAACAUUUUCUGUUUUGACACAGAGGUAGUUCUAACGCAGUUCUACCUGUCAUACACAUCUGCAGCUUGAUUUGGUGUCACUGAAAUGCUACCGAGUAGUGGAUGGGCGGUAAGUUACCCUGUAUGAACUAUUCCUUCAUAUGGCCUAGGAGCCAAAUACUAAGAGCAAACAUCAUACAUUUUAAGAUGCAAAAGGCUGUUACUAUAGGACAGAAAUUUACUUGUAAUUUGUGUCUAUCUAAAAAAUACAGUCUCACUUUUGUCACGUGAAAGACUUUGCAUGGAGCCCUGCAUAUAUAGAUGGAAUUUUCCUGAGACACUUCUGAGGGGGCUUCUGAUUUGGCAGAAUGACCUUUCCUGGCAACGAAUCAAAGUGCUGGAGUGGACUGGGAGGGACAGGAGAAGGAAGGAGGAAGGGUUACAUGUGCAUCUCAAGUUUCUUCGUUUCUAUUUUCAACUGAAGUCAGGGACUAACCAGCAAGUCCUACAGUCAUCCACUUGCCCAGAACAGCAAUUAAACACCCUUCCCCAUCCCCAAGACAUUAUUGUAAUCUAAAACAGGCAAAGCGUGGGUACAAAAAUAACAUCCAUGGCUAUAUCUCAUUUUGAUUGUCUCUCGGAAGAGAUAAAUAAUAGUACACCAGCGUUAAUGACGUCCAAAGCCCACGUAAAAUCCCAGUAACUGACACAAUGUCUGCACCCCUCUCUCGGUACCGCUAUAGCUCUAGGAGCGAGCCUGAAGAGCAAUUUGUGUUCUCUUUUUGUGCUACAAAGGCUCUUACCUUCCUUCGUGGCUUGGAUGGAAGCUCACUCCUUAAAAUGUUACAACAGCUGAGCAACAAGCCACUGUAUUUGACAGCCC